AUGGGAGCAUUACCAACAGCACUAACAGGGAUCAGCAGCUCCACAGAGAUGAGUAGGAGAGAUCAAAAUCUCAGAACAAUAGAGUGGAAUGUUCCAACGUUUGAUCAGAAUCUGAGAAGAACAGACUGGGCUGAUCCAGCAAUGGAUCAGCAUCUGAGAACAUCACACUGGAAUGUUUCAACAAUGGACAGAAGUUUAUCUGAUGAUGCUUGGUUUCUUGCUACAUUUUACAAUCAGAUAUCAUUAUCAGGGCGCAUCAAAUAUGCAGUUUUCAUUAUUCAAUAUUUUUAUUAUCCUAUCUUGGCUACCGUUGGUGUCCCUAUUAAUGUAGUGACAAUCUACGUCCUGCUUUAUAAAGAUUGUGGAUUGUCUCCAUGUGUCAGACGUUACCUGGGGGCCAUGGCAGUGGCGGAUCUACUGGUCAUUAUCCUCGACCUGAUAUUGAGACACAUUCCCAUUGUUUACAAGGAACAGUUUUAUUUCCUGUGGUACAUCCCUGUGUGUAAUAUCCACGCCAUCCUGCUUUAUGCAGCCUCUGACUGUUCUGUCUGGUUCACUGUCACUUUCACCUUUGAUCGAUUUGUGGCCAUUUGUUGCCAGAAACUGAAAAGUCAAUAUUGCAGUGAGAAAACGGUGACUCUGAUUCUGGGAGCAGUGACUCUGUUGAGCUGUUUAAAAAACAUUUUCUGGUAUUUUAUGCUCUCAAGUCAGUAUACACUGUGGAACGUUCCCUGGUUUUGUGAUGCGUCACUCAGUGUUUAUUCCUCUCUCACAAUAAUAGCAACACCACUGUUGCUGGUGGAAUUGAUUGGGGAUGCUGGGGAUGAGAUGUCCCAGCGGUACUUUUUCUGUACUAUUAAUCCAGGGACCCAGGUUUACAACACUGACAAGAACAGCAUAUGUUCACUGCCAUUAAUUGCCCCUGACUGUGACCAUUCCACAAGGCUGUAUAUCGCCAAAUACAUUGCUUUUGGUCUGAAUUCACACUUAAUCCAGCCCAGUUCAGAUGGCUCUGCUGUGUUCUCCGUGUACAAUGUUCUAACCACCUGUACCAACGCCCCAACAACCUGA